AUGGCCCUGCUAAAUUUAUUCAUCUGCCUGUUCGUGAUAUUCAUUUUGAGAGAAAACCUGGCUGAAGGAGGAGGCGCCUUCCGACGAGAGAGUAUCACAUUCACCGGAGCCGCCGCGACCACCGCUUUGGCGACCUCGGAGUUGACAUGUGCGGUCAAAUGUGAAGCGGCAGCGUCGGGUCUCUGUAAAGGGUUCACGCACCACACGAACGGUACUUGUGAGCUGUACAACACGGCAGCGACACUGCUACCAGGAGGAGCUAACGCGGGAAUACGAAGCUUCCGAAAAAUACAUCUGGCUGCAGAUGGCUCUACUGUGUCUUGCGCCUGUCCGGGUGGCUUCAGCUGCUGUGCCGGCCGCUGUCUGAUCCGACCCCCUCAGGAGCUCGGCUUCAGCGAAGCUAAAGCCGCCUGCGUCUCGCUGGGCGCCCACCUGGCCGUGCCCCGCUCUGCAGAGGAGAACCAGUGCGUUCUGACCAUGGCGGCUGGAGUUGACGUCUGGAUGGGACUGUCGGAGCAUGGCGAGGACGGAGUGUUCGUGGCAGAGGAUGGAGGAGAGCCCAUGACGACCGUGGACAUCCCUUUCUGGGGUGCCGGGGAGCCCAACAAUCGUUCAACGGUUAACUGCAUGCAGAUAUGGAAAAACGCCUGGGAUGACACGGACUGCGAUUGGCCUCAGAAAUUCAUGUGUCAACUGCGGCUGUGGAACCGACCGGAUUGCGCGUAAAAAAAGGUUGAUGUGACGUCACGGAUUCUGGCAAGAUAACGUCACAAGUACCUUGAAAGAAUAGAUCUUCGAUCGAGAAGGAUCGAGAUCUAAAAAGAUAACGGGGGAAAAUAAGUUUUAGUACUGCACGAGUUGCACGAAUUUCGUCAUUAGGUGUAGUCAUUCGGUGUGGUGUAGACCCCACUGCACUUGUUCUCCCCUGCAAAGACAGGUCUUGAAUUACUCCUUUGUAUAUUUAAUGAAGCUAGUUGACCCUCUCUCUGGUGCAGUAUGCGGCGGAACACCUUCAAUUAAGGGGGGGGGCACUGCCGACUUUUGGUCCCAUUCUUUCCAUGCAACGCCCAUGGGGCUAAUGUUAAAUGCCAAAAUCAAAGUGGGCACGGUGCCGCGAUGCCCUCCCCGUUCCGCCGCCUAUGCUCUGGUGUGGAUCUCAGCCAGCUUCACCGUGGGGGGAGGGGCUUUCGGCUGCACCUGAUUAUCUCGAAUAAAGAUGCGGAAAAGUAAUCGGUAGCUCCAACUCAGUUCUUUCUGAAUUUCAAAGGUCAUUUUUCAGUCAAUUCAACGCUGAUGUCACUGGAGGCUAGAAUUUGCCUAUAAUUUUUCCCCGAUUUUGAUCAGUUUUCGAAAAUCGGUGCUAUAGCUCGUGAGCCAAAACAGCUGUAGUCGCGGAAAAGCGAAGCAUUCGAUAGUCCUUUAACCUUCGUCCCAGUGUAACCUUUAACCUUCGAUCUGUAUUGAUGAGCCCAACACCUAACAUGCUUUUCAUUUUACGACCUGAAAUUUGACCCUUCGAGUGACUGCUGGCCAUUAGUUGCAACCUUCCAUUGUGUAUGGGCAAAUAUAUGUUAUGAUCUGAAAGA